AUGUCUAGUGGUACAUCUGGCGACCAGAUUUCGCAUUUUGGGAAGACGCUGACGACCACUGCGUCGUUAGUGUUCGGCUCGCAGUCCAUGGAGGAUACUAUCCUAUCGUACAGCAGCCCCUACAAGAAGAUAUUGCAUGACACAAUAACCAGCUCCGGAGGGACCUCCAGUUUGAUGAAGGUGGAGCGGAGUGGCCGUAUGUUUACGCCGUUCAGGACGCGGAACUCGGCAUUUCAGGACAUAUUCCACGCUUCUUCUGGCCGCGGCUACUUCAAGAAUGGAUUCAGUGACACCAGGACGAGCUUUCAGGUGUUAAGUUAUCUUAGCGAUGCGAUGUUGGCGGAUAUACCUAGCUCGGAAUCGGCGGCAGCAACUAGUGGAAAGCUGGUGACUGAGAAGGGCGAAAAGGGCAAGAAAAAAAGGGCAGAAACUGCACACGCACGCGGACCAUCGCUUUACCAGGGCUUUGAGGCAUCACUUCCCACAAUUAAUCAAACCAUCACCACCCACCAGAAAAAGCAGAUUAUGAACAGAGAUAUUAAAUCCAUCAGGGAAUCAGACGCUACUCCUGAAGAUGUGGGACAGGAUGUGGAUAUUGAGAAAGGUGAAGAGGAAACCACACAUGAUGAAUUUACGCUUCCCAAGGGUAUAAAACCUGAACACCUAAGCAACUCAUACUCGAUAAAGAAUCUAAAGGGUGCCGUACAGACGAUCACCGAUAAUCUGGAUUUGUUGGAAAUUCAAAAGAACCUGGCUGCUAGUGAAAUCCGGGAAUUGGAUUUGAAGAUGGAAAAAUUAAAGCUCAUGCGUGAUUUGGUCUUUCGAAGGGUUGCCAAAAUUGAACAAAAUGAAUUGUUCUUGGAAAAGCAUCUAAUGAACAUUAGGGAGAGAAUAGAUAUGAUAGAGGAAUAUAACUUGGAUAAUGAUACUGAUGCGGAGAAGGCCUAUGAGGAGGCAACCUCCGCGCCAGAAGAUACGAAGGACCAAUAUAGCGAAUUGCCUGAUGCGAACACUGCUGAAUCUGGUGAGACUGUUGUGCAGGAACCUCAAGUCAAUCUUGCAUCUGCACAGAAAUCGCUCAAGAAAAGAUCAAAGCAGACUGGAUAUUCGCAUAAAAAUCAUGAAAAGAAGGUGCAGCAGCAUGAGUUCAGGCAUCUAAGGAAAACUUAUCCAACCUUGCAACAAUAUUAUGAACCAGGUGCUAACAUUCUUUCCUUUGAUUCAGCGCAUGAGGACAACGUAACAUGUUUGGAUUUCAAUUUGCCAUUUGGAACUCUUUGCUCAGCUGGGAAGUUAGAUCCUACAAUUAAGGUGUGGAACUUGAGUAAGAACAAGCAUGUGGCUUCCAUUACAGGACAUCUAGCGACUGUUAGCUGCAUGCAGAUGGACCAAUAUAAUACUCUGAUUACUGGUGGGCGUGAUGCUUUGCUGAAAAUGUGGGACAUACAGAAGGCAAUUGACAAUGACUCAAUUCCUUCCGACGAGGUCUGCAUUUAUACUUUUGACUCGCAUAUUGAUGAAAUUACUGCUUUGAGUUUUGAGGCCAAUAAUCUAGUCUCUGGUUCACAGGAUAGAACCAUCCGUCAAUGGGAUUUGAACAACGGUAAAUGUGUCCAAACGCUAGAUAUCAACUUCGCCACAGGUGGAAACUUAUCUCGCUCCAUGAUUGGUUCAGGAUUCCUGAACACGAAUAAUGACCACCCCAUUAUCGGCGCUAUCCAGUGUUACGAUGCUGCACUUGCCACAGGUACCAAGGAUGGUAUUGUACGCCUAUGGGACCUAAGGUCUGGACGGGUUGUGCGUACCCUAGAGGGCCACUCUGAUGCUGUUACAUCCCUUCAGUUUGAUUCUCUAAACCUUGUGACUGGUUCCUUGGAUAACAGCAUUAGAAUCUGGGAUCUACGUACCGGUACAUUGGCUGAUACAUUUUCGUAUGAACACCCGGUGACAUGUUUGCAGUUUGACUUGAAUAAGAUAGUUGUCGCUAACCAGGAAGGUACAGUGAAGGUUUACAACCGGCAAGAGAAGAAGCAUUGGUUUUGCGGCGGUGAUGAGCAUAGUGAGAAUGCCGUGGAAUAUGUCAGAUAUAAAGAUGGCUACUUGGUUGAAGGCCGCGCGAACGGUGAUAUUAAUGCCUGGGCCAUUUGA